CAUUUUCAGUGUAUAAUUUAGAGAGAGAGAGUGAGAGAAAUCUUCCUGAACUUGGCGCGGAUUUUGGUUUUCAACUCUCACAAGCAUAUUAUAGAUUCACUCGUGAAGAAGGAAGGUCAACAUCAAUGGCGGAUACAUCGCACGGCCGUGCGAGCUUCUGGACGCAGGCUGAUGCUUUGUUGAGGAAGAAUCUGACUUAUCAGAAGCGAAAUAUGAAGACGAAUGUUCGUUUGAUCCUAUUCCCGUUCAUGCUUUGUUUGCUACUUGUUAUUAUACAAACUUUGGUUAAUAAUUUACUUGAUAAGCCUGAAAAUAAGUGUGGAUGUGUGUGCAAAGAGCCAAUUGUGAAUGGUAAAUGUGAGAAGGUGUGUGGGAUUGAGUAUUCCAGUUUGAAUCAAGCAAGCAGUUGCGCAAUUCCAAAUCCCCCAGAGUGGCCUCCAUCGUUGCAAGUGCCAGCUUCUCAGUAUCGUGCUGUAAGAAGUGAUUUUCUCUCUUCUAAUGACUUUCCAAAUGAGUCAUGUAGAAAUACAGGAUCCUGUCCAGCUUCUUUUCUUCUUACUGGAACUAAUCGGACUUUUGGACAAAGUUUGGCUGGACAGAUGUUCCCUACUGCGCCCAUGAACGCUUCUGAUACAUUGUAUAGUUUAGCAAAUAAUGUCUUGGGUACAUCUUCAAAGACUCAGCUUACAAACUUUAUCGACCCUGCCUUCAUUUCAGCCCUUCCGUUAUACCGUCUAGAGCCUCAAUGUACUCCAAAUUCUACAUUUUCUGUUGCAAUGAAGACAGCAUCAAUAACAUUAACACGUGAUGUCCAGUGUCUUCAGAGUUUACCUUUAUGGCUCAGCAACUCCUCUCAAAUUAACAAUGAUUUGUACAAGGGGUUUUGGAAAGGCAAUCCUGAACGGAAGAUUAAUGAGAUAACAGCAGCUUAUGACUUUUUAAACACCAAUUUUAAUCACUUCAAUGUGACCAUAUGGUACAACUCUUCCUUUAAGAAUGACACUGGCAUGCGUCCUCUUUCCCUCAUGCGGAUUCCUCGUUCAGUUAACCUGGUUUCAAAUGCCUACCUCCAAGCUGUUGCUGGUUCUGCUACAAAAAUAUUAUUCGAGUUUGUCAAAGAAAUGCCGAAACCUGAAACUCAACUAAGGCUUGAUCUAGCUUCUCUUAUAGGAGCACUUUUCUUCACAUGGGUCAUUCUACAGCUGUUCCCUGUUGUAUUGACAGCUCUAGUAUAUGAGAAGGAACAGAAUCUAAGAAUCAUGAUGAAGAUGCAUGGACUGGGGGAUGGCCCUUAUUGGCUUAUUACUUAUGCUUAUUUUCUUGCCAUAUCUACAGCCUAUAUGUUUUGCUUUGUUAUUUUUGGCUCAGUUAUAGGUCUUAAAUAUUUCACUCUGAAUUCUUACAGCAUCCAGUUUGUGUUUUACUUCAUUUAUAUCAAUUUACAAAUUUCAUUGGCUUUUCUCGUUGCUGCAAUUUUCUCGAGUGUGAAAAGUGCUGCAGUCAUUGGGUACAUUAUGGUCUUUGGAACUGGGCUCUUAGGAGGAUUUCUUUUCCAGUUCUUUCUCCAGGAUCCUUCAUUCUCAAGAAGCUGGAUUCUUGUCAUGGAGCUAUACCCUGGAUUCUCUCUAUACCGUGGUCUCUAUGAAUUUUCUCAAUAUGCCUUCACGGGAAAUUUCAUGGGGACUAAAGGAAUGGGUUGGAAAGACUUGAAUGAUAGUAACAAUGGCAUGAAAGAUGUCCUUAUAAUCAUGUUUGUAGAGUGGUUUGUUACCCUAUUUGUGGCAUAUUACAUUGAUCAAGUUGUGUUUGUUGGAAAACGACCCUUGUUUCUCAUCCAAAGGUUUCUAAAGAAAUCUGCAUCAUCUUCAUCCUUCCGGAGACCAAGUUUCGGGAGGAUGGAUCCGAAAGUCAUGGUCAAGAUGGAGCAACCAGAUGUCUCACAAGAGAGAGAUAUAGUUGCGGAACUGCUACUUGAACCGACGAUCAACCAUGCCAUUGUAUGUGACAACGUAAAAAAAGUAUACCCGGGAAGGGAUGGAAACCCACAAAAAUAUGCUGUUCGAGGAUUGUCACUUGCUAUACCUCAAGCAGAAUGUUUUGGUAUGCUUGGUCCUAAUGGCGCAGGAAAGACAUCUUUUAUAAAUAUGAUGAUUGGCCUCAUAAAACCCAGCUUUGGUACCGCAUAUGUACAAGGCAUGGAUAUAAAAACCUCUAUGGAUGAGAUUUAUUCUAAUAUGGGUGUAUGCCCUCAACAUGACCUACUAUGGGAGACCCUCACAGGCAGGGAGCACCUACUGUUCUAUGGAAGACUUAAAAACCUCAAGGGCAGUGUCUUAACCGAAGCGGUAGAAGAAUCUCUCAAGGGUGUGAAUCUAUUUUAUGGAGGAGUUGCAGACAAACAAUCUGGAAAGUAUAGUGGAGGUAUGAAGAGAAGGCUUAGUGUUGCUAUUUCACUCAUUGGGGAUCCUAAGGUUGUCUAUAUGGAUGAACCAAGUACUGGACUAGAUCCAGCUUCAAGAAACAGUCUUUGGAAUGUUGUGAAACGAGCUAAGCAGAAUAGAGCAAUCAUACUAACCACUCAUUCAAUGGAGGAGGCAGAGCAUUUAUGCGAUCGACUAGGAAUUUUCGUCGAUGGCAGCCUCCAAUGCAUCGGAAAUCCCAAAGAGCUGAAAGCUCGAUACGGAGGAUCUUACGUAUUCACAAUGACAACUUCAUCAAGCCACGAGGAGGAAGUUGAGGUCUUGGUAAAGAAUCUAUCGCCAAACGCAAACAAGGUAUACCAUUUAUCCGGUACACAAAAAUUCGAACUGCCAAAGCAAGAAGUAAGAAUAGCAGAAGUAUUCAGAGCAGUUGAGAAUGCCAAGAGCAGAUUCGUAGUUCAAGCUUGGGGACUCGCGGACACCACUUUGGAAGACGUUUUUAUCAAAGUGGCUCGCGGUGCUCAAGCAUUCACCACACUCUCAUAACCGAAACACAAUGCCUUAUUUUUUGCAAAAUAUAUAUUUUCAUCUUGUAAAUUUACAUCUAUGACUCUAAAGUUCCUGAAUUUAUAUAGACAAAAGCCGAAAUCAAGACCCCUGUAGUGGUAUCUUGGGCAUCGGCAAUGGAUAAGAUUGAGGUGUUCUGUUCUUA